ACCCCGAACGCCAGCCGAGAGAGCCCCUCCUCCUCUGGGGAAUUUGGGGGACGGGAGGGAGACCGGGUUUAACUGCCCCCCCCCUCUGCUCCUCCCCGCCCAGGCCGUGGCCAUCGUCUGUGGCUUCCUCCUGGUGAUCCUGCUUUGCGUCAUCUGCUUCUUCGCCCACAAGACGCGCCAGAAGAUCUGGCAGUUUGGCAAGCAGAACAUCUACUGGGACCGGCCCCCAGCGCUGGAGGGGGGCCCCAAUGUGGAGGAAUGGGUGAAGAACGUGGAUGGCCGAGCCAGCCCCACCGACACGGCCACCCUGGCCUACUCGGAGAAGCCCACCAGCCCCGUCCACGCCCCCGCCAGCCCCCCCGGCUACACCGAGAAGGAUGGCUUCUCCAGGGCGGAUGCCCGGAUCAGCUCUCCCUUCCAGCCCCCCCUGGACAAGCGCGCCCGGACACUGAGCUCCAGCACCUGGGAGGAGCCCCCCCGGAAGGCCCCCGCCCAGAGGAGCCGGAGGGCUCGCCGGGGGAACCUCGACCCAGAGGAGGCCCCCUACGAGACAGACUACACCACGGCCGUGGAGUCCAGCGACGAGCAGGAGCCGGACGAGUGGGACAGCCAUUACCCGCCCAUCAUGUCCGACGAUGCCCGCCAGAGAUACAAGCAAGAUUUUGACACUGACCUCAAGCGCUACAAGCGGCUCUGUGGCGAGAUGGACGCCACCAACGACCAGAUCAACCAGCUCAGCAGGCAGCUGGACCAGUUGCCGGAGGACACGCUCCAGUACCAGGGCGUGGCAGAGGAGUACAACCGCCUGAAGGAGCUGAAGCGGACGCCGGAGUACCAGAGCAAGAAAAUGGAGACCAAAUCCCUGCGGAAGAAGCUUUUCCACAUCAAGAGGAGGGUGGGCGAAUACGACAAGCACCGCGGCUGAGCCUGGGGAGGGGCCCCGGCACUGAGCCCCCACCCCCACUCCCUGAGGGGCCGAGGCCCGGCGUGUCCCCCGGGGCGCAGAAGGACGGACUCCAACCUGCCAAGCAAGGCCCACCUCCUUCCCUUUGGGCCUGGGGACGCUUGGCGAAGGCCAGCCGAGACUCGGGGGGUGUGUGUGCCUGUGUGCCCCCCCCCCCAUUCCAAGAGACGAGGAUGAGAGUCCGUGUGUGCCUCAUGUUGUACAUUUCCUUAUUUUUACGCUCGUGCUUUUUUCUCCUGUUUUGUGCCAAAAUGCUUGGAGGCGGAGAGGACGGUGGGCACCGGCCCAAAUCUCUCUCCUUUUGUGGCCUCCGGAGUGGGGGGGGGGGGGGGG